AUGCAGCAGCAUAUCCGAGCUUGGCUGCAGCGUAUCGCCAAGAAACCUGCUUCUCACGAAGUGGUACAGCCUCAAGAACAUCAAACACAUUCUGCGUCGAUCAGCAAUACCGUUCAGAAAGACCUGAACGAUCCCCCGCCUUUAUAUGAUAACCCGAAUGCUCGGCCAAUCACUUGCAGAGAGCCCAGACUCGUCCUGCCGCAUUACUAUUUUAAAGCCCUUCGCUACGUAGGGGCUAUUGCCUGCAAGGGCACUGCGAAAUUCAUCGAAAAGAACCCACGCGCGACAGACCUCGAAACUGAGGCGUGGGUAAAGAAUGUGGUUGAUAUCGCCGUUGCCCAGGGAAUUUCUAUUCUGCUUGAAUGGAUAGAAUGCGAGGAGGAAGUUUUGCGGGAGGAAGAAGUACUGGAACCCGGUCGAAGAAAAGACGACGAAGAAGAAGAAGAAGAAAAAGAAGAAGAAGAAGAUGACGAUGACGACGACGGCGACGGCGACGACGACGAUGGUGGUGGCAGUCGCCCGGCCAACGACCCGGAGGCAGGCCGGCCUCUGGAGGACCGGCCUCGCCGUCCCUCUCCCUCUCUCUCCCGGCCCGCCCAGGGCAUCCCCUCUUCCCGCCCCCAGGGGCCCUCCUCCUCCGGCCCUGCCACUGGCACCCAAGCCUCCCCGGCCGCCUCCUCCCCCGCCGCCGCCUCCGCCGCCUCCUCGCCUGCGGGCGCCGGCUCUGGCCCCGCCGCCGCCACCAUAAUCUCCUCCUCCUCUUCCUCCUCCUCUCGAUAUUACACCCCUCCUUCCGAGGCCGUCCCCCCCUCGGAGUCCAGACACGGCGCUGGCCGGCAACUGGACGCCCCGGUGCCUCGGCGCCGGGUCGUGUCCAAGGAGGAGCGGGGCGGAGAGGACGCUUGGCGCUCGCCCGACAUAUUUGAGUCUCUUUUGGUACUUGUGCUCUGUGAUAUUUCGCUCAUAUGUCCACAGCCAUGCACAACAAAUAUCCUGUCAGCCUUGGCCAAUUGCUCAUUACCCGCUGGCCUUGUCAAACUUGUCUUUAUGACUAAGAAAGCAAACGAAAAGGUCAUCCAAAAGUUUAAACAAGGGCUGUACGCAACACAAACACUUCUGGCAGCUGACGCCAGCGGCGUUGCUAGCAAGGCUCACUCGACAGCGGCAACAUCAUCACCGUUCCGCGAGGGCACGCGCCUCAUGGCCGACGGUCAGAUUCUUAUUUCCCGCCAUCGCUCCUCUGCUACUCCUCCUGUGGCGGCACCUCUCGUAUCCCACCACUCGUCGUCGGCCACCCAUUCCUUCUCCUUGAACCCCCGCUCCAGCCCUCCGGCAUACCUCUGCCCGCUCGGCAGGACGGGACCUAGCACUGCUAUCGGCCUGGUAGUUGUAUGA